AUGACCGGCUUCCUAUCAGACCUGGUACAGUACCGGGGGUUCUUUCAGAUGCUAACCAUCCUCGGGAUUGGGGGGACAUUCCAAAUUGGCUUUCAGGUUUCUACAAUCACCUAUGUGUCUCAGCAUGUUAAGGUUUUCAUUAAUGAAACUUGGCUGGAGCGAUACGGCUACCCCAUCCAUCAGGAUAACCUCUUGUUCCUGUGGUCUAUCAUCGUGUCCAUCUAUGGUAUAGGAGGUCUCUUGGGUUCUUCAGGAACUAGAUACCUGACAGUCAAGUAUGGCAAAAAGAAAUGUCUCCUGUGCACCAAUGUACUCAUGAUUAUGGCAGCAUCUAUCAUGGGCUGCAGUAAAAUAGUCCAGUCCUUUGAGAUGAUUCUGAUUGGACGCUUCCUGUAUGGAGUAAGUGCAGGUCUUUGUGUUCCUCUACAUCAUCAAUAUGUUGGAGAAAUUUCCCCUAAGAAGCUACGUGGAUUUGCAAACUCUACUUCCUCUUUCUUUUGGUCACUGGGAAAAGCCAUAGGGCAGAUUUCAGGACAAAGGGAGCUACUAGGCAGCCAGUACCUAUGGCCCUUGCUGAUGGCUUCCUGUGGAUUUCCAGCACUGGUCCAGUUGGUUACUCUGCCCUUCUUCCCUGAGUCCCCAGCCUAUCUCCUCAUGCAUAAAGGAGACCAGGAAGGCUGCAAAAAAGCCAUAAGGCAGCUUUGGGGUGAAGGCCAUCACCAAGCAGAGAUUGAUGACUUCAUGAAAGAGAAGGCAACAAUGAAAAACACCAAGAUCUUGAGUGUCCUGGAGCUAAUGAAAGAACCAGCUUUCCGUUGGCAGCUGUACAUGAUAGUUGUUCUGACUGCCACAGUUCAGCUAUGUGGCAUCAAUGCAAUUUAUUUUUAUACUUUUGAAGUCCUCCAGACAGCUGGCUUUGAUGAAAGAAUGAUUUCCUAUAUGACCCUCUCUGUUGGACUCUCUGAACUCAUAGCUACUGCAGUCUGUAGCUCUAUCAUUGAGCGACUGGGCAGAAAAGUGCUUCUAAGAGGAGGUUAUUUUAUCAUGGGCUCAUUGCUAGCUGCUAUCACUGUGACUCUCUCACUACAGGACUGGUAUUUCUGGAUGCCAUACUGCAGCCUUUGUCUGAUUAUCUUGUUCGCAAUUGUCUUUGGAGUUGGACCAGGUGGUGCCACAGUUUCUGUUAGGGUUGAAAUUUUCAAGUUCUCAUGCAGACCAUCUGCCUUUGUGAUCAGUGCCAUUCUCAACUGGUUGGGGGUCUUUGUGAUCGGAACAACCUUCCCCUUCAUUGUGGAAAAUCUCAAGCACUUCUGCUUCCUCAUCUUUAUGGUAGUAAUUUUCACUUCAGCGACAAUUAUUCACUUGUUCCUUCCAGAAACAAAAGGAAAAUCAAUCAUGGAAAUCACAGAAGAAUUCGAUCAGUUAAACUUUAGAAAGAAGUAUAUUCCAACAACUCCUAGCCAUGUCACAGAGGACUACACCUUCUGCACCAGGCUCUGA